AGUCGAAAAUUUUAAAAAACCAGAAAAAAUUGAAAAGAGUCAAGCAAAAUCUCGAAAGCAGAUGUCAACGAAUGUUAAACAAUUGUGUUGAAUUUGAUUGAAUAAAGAAGGAGGAAAACGAAGAAAAAAGAUUAAAGAACUCGGCUAAAAGUGUUUAAAAACAAUCUAAGCACAUGUUUAUAAAGAGAAAUUAAAUAUCAUCAGCUUAACUUUAGCGGUCAACAACAAUGGCAGGAGGCGCUGCAUCAGUAUUACGUAAUAACUCCGAACAACGUUAUAGAACUUCAACACCUAUUAAAAGGGGAGAUAGUAACUCAACACCUCCUACUUUCUUACGCACACAACAGCCAAAUUUUAUGUUAACCUCUCAUUCAGAAGCUCUGUUGCAGGGUCUGAACGCCUUAAGAUGUUCAGAUAAACUGUUUGAUGUUACUCUCAUAGUUGAGGGUAAAACGUUUAAGGCCCAUCGAGUUGUUUUAGCUGCCUGUAGCGAUUAUUUUUGCGCUAUGUUUACCGAUGCCAUGCGUGAGGCAAGACAGUCCGAAAUUAAGUUAAAUGGUGUUAAUGCUCGUGGCAUAGAGCUAUUAAUCGAAUAUGCCUACACCUCAAAACUGGAAUUGGAUCGUAAUAACAUACAGGAUGUACUCUCCGUUUCAACACACGUUCAAAUGAAAGCCGUCAUUGAGGCCUGUUCAAAUUAUUUAGAAUCUCAAAUUGAUUUAGAAAAUUGUGUAGCUAUUGCCGCCCUGGCCGAUCUUUAUGCACUAGAUGCGCUUAAACGUAAAACGUAUCGUUUUAUUUGUGCCCGUCUUGAUGAAUUCUCUCAAACUCCAGAUUUAAUAAAUCUAACAUGGGAUCAAUUGGAGUAUAUACUCUCAUGUAAUUAUCCUGUCGAUUGUUCAGAAGAGAGAGUAUUACAAAUAACAUUGCAAUAUUGUCUGGAGUCCAGGCUAAAGAACGAAUUGGCUAGAAUGCUAUUUGCCAAAGUGCGUUUCAAUCAAAUCGAAACCAAUGCACUCAAUACUCUACUAUCGAAUGCAGAAUCUGCUGAAGAUGACUCGCAACAGUAUGUCGAUCUUAUAAAGAGCGAGGUUAUAAAGCAAAAUCAGUUGAAUAAACUAAAUACUGAAAAUGAAGAAGUGAUAUCUUUAAGUGUCUUAACCAAUUCGCGCGGCAUGGAAUUGGCUUUAGUUAAAAUUGGAGGCUUCGAAACAAAUGGUUUAACUAAUCAAAUAAGUUGUUAUUUGCCCUCGGUAGGCAAAUGGGAAGAUUUAACUGUGAUUCCACAUAUAGAACAAUGCAAUUAUGGUACAGCAGUCUUGGGCAAUGAUCUUUAUAUUGUUGGCGGUUCAUAUGAUGUUUGUUUAAAGGAAUAUAUACAUCCUUUCGGUUUUCGCUAUUGUCCCAUCAAGGAUAAAUGGAAAACUAUUGCUCCCAUACAGGCUGAUCGUUGUCGUUUCUCUUUAAAUGCCAUGGGCAAUAAUUUUUUGUAUGCCGUUGGUGGCGUUUGUGAGCUAAAUGAUAUUGAUGGUGAUCACUAUGCCAAUGAAAUGGCAACAUCAAAUUGUGAACGUUAUAAUGCCAGUGUAGAUCGUUGGGAAUAUUUACCCGCUUUAUCGGAGAAUCGUAGUCAACAUGCUGGCGUUGUUUUGGGUGACAAAUUAUAUAUAUCGGGCGGCAUUGAUCGCCACUUGGUCUUGGCAUCGCUCUGGAGCUUUGAUGCAAAAACCGAAAAGUGGAACAAAUUAUGUCAGAUGCCAACACCCAGAGCCGAUCAUGUACUCAUUGCAUUCGAACAUCAUAUUUAUGCCUGUGGUGGCUGGUAUGAAGAUCCUUUAACUGAAUCAAGAGUUUUAGCCGAAACCAUAGAUGUCUAUGACGUGAAAACCGAUACUUGGUCGACGGAAACAAAAAAUCCAAUGCCAAAAUAUUACACUGGUGUGGCGGCAGUUAAGAGGCGCAUUUAUUUUAUCGGAGGUCUAUUGUCGACAAUCACCAUAAAUCGUGCCACCUCAGCGGUGCAGUGUUACGAUUUAGAUACAAAACAAUGGUCAUUUAAUGGCGAAUGGGAAUAUCCCAAAGAAGUGUGGGAAUGUACUUGUGCAGCUUUUUAUGUACCACGAGAACGUGAUGAUUUUGUUAUGUCAUUUUAUGGGAUGUAAAUUAGAAAAAAAACAACAAAUAAUUACAAAAUCAUUAAUUUUAUUUAAUUUAUACAAAAACCAUAUAAAUUAUUUUGUACUUUUUUAUAUAAACAAAACGCGCAACGAUAUGUUAAAACAUUUUUAACACUUCUAGUUCUAUUUUCUUUCUAUAAAGUAUUUGUAAAUAUGUUUCGAUUUGAAAGAAAGAAAGUAAAAAAACAUUAAUACGAUUCUUGCUGAAUUUAUCUUUUACUCGUAAGAAAAACUUUUUUCUCUUUUUGAAAAUAUGGGGAAAACUCAUAAAAAUUAUAGUAUUUGAGAAUCUCUGUUGUUAUCUAUAGAAAAUAAAAAUCAUUUUUUAUAUAAUUUAA